CUGCGGCGGGAUGGGGCCGCGGAGGUUGUUGGUGGAGAGGUCGAGGCGGAGGAGGCGGUGGAGGGCGGAGAUCUCCGGCGGGAUCUGGCCGGAGAAGUCGUUGCCGGAGAGGUAGAUGAGUUUGAGGUUGAGGCAGCGGGCGAGGGGGGAGAGGGUGCCGUUGAGGCGGUUGCCGCGGAGGUCGAGGAGGCGGAGCUGGUCGAGGGAGGCGAGGGCGUCGAUGGGGCCGCGGAGGUUGUGGGAGGGGAGGAUGACGGCGGUGACGCGGCCGUAGGUGCAGUUGACGCCGGUCCAGUGGGCGGAGCAGGCGUCGGAGGCGGCGGUCCAGUUGGGGAGGAGCGUGCCGUGGAUGUCGGCCUGGGAGCGGAACUGAGUGAGGGCGGCGGUGUCGGAGUCGGCGGCGGCGGCGGCGGUGAUGAGGGAAGAGAUGAUGAGGAACGGAAUUGA